UAAUGCAGCUUGUGUUAAUAAUUUGGUAGCAGGAGAAGUAGUUGUUGCAGCUAAGAUGAGCGAAGAAGAUGGCAAUAAUAGCGUUGACUACUCACAAAGGGGUCAAUGGCUUCGAGCAGCAGUUCUAGGAGCCAAUGAUGGGUUGGUCUCAGUUGCAUCAUUGAUGAUGGGUGUAGGAGCUGUUAAAAGAGACUCCAAAGCCAUGUUACUUGCUGGCUUAGUGGGAUGCAUUGCAGGAGCAUGUAGCAUGGCAUUGGGUGAAUAUGUUUCGGUUUCAACUCAGUAUGAAGUUGAAGUUGGUCAAAUCAAAAGGGACAUGAUGAUCAUGAUGGAGAACAAGAAUGAGAUGGAGAAAAAGAGGAGGUCCUUGCUGCCUAACCCUUUGCAUGCUGCUUUGGCAUCUGCAUUGUCAUUUACUGUAGGUGCAAUCAUUCCUUUGGUUUUCACUGCAUUUGUGAGAGACUACAGGUUAAGGCUUGGGUUGUGUGUGGUGGUGUCUAGCUUGUCUUUGGUGGGGUUUGGAUGCUUGGGUGCUGAGUUGGGACACACACAUAAGGUUAAGUCCUCUAUCAGGAUCCUUAUUGGGGGCUUGUUGGCUAUGGCUAUCACUUUUGGGUUAACCAAAUUAGUAGGCUUUAGUGCUAAUUUGGAAUUGUGA